ACACCCAAAUCGGAUGUAUUAAUAGUCUCACCUCUCACAUCUUAACGUCUGGCACGUGCGAGGACUGACUCCGUGAAUAAAUAAAAAAGCCACAAACAACUUUCCCGCCCAAGGGAGCUCAAGACUCCAGAGUGCCACUAACCGACUUAUGCCUUUUCAAUCUCUGAAAUUCUCAGCAAACUGCAACAAAACCCUAACUUUUCAUUCCAUCAUUUUCGGUCUUUCCAAACAUGGUUCGCAGGUCUAAUCGCAUCGCUGCCCUUCCACCUAAGAGCUUUGCAGCCCUAGAAAGUUCUGAAGAAGAGGAGGAGGAGGACAGCGCUGGCGAGGAAGAAAGGGAGAAAGAUGAUGAAGGGAGACUUCAAGAUGUUUUUGAUGAUGAUAAGGAAGAUGCAUCAGAGCAUAGACCAAAGAGAGGGCGAAAAAAGCAACAGAGCAAACCGAAACUACAGUGGAAAGUUUUGGAAGAAGAUUAUGAGACAUUUCUAGAUUUUUUUGAAAUAAAAAACCAUCUUAUUGAUUUCGAAGAUGAAGUGAUUUUGGAAACUACUGAGGCACCCCCACUUUUUCUUGUACCUCUUUUGAGCCACCAAAAGGAAUGGCUGACUUGGGCUUUAGAGCAGGAGGAGUCACCUUUUAGAGGAGGGCUUCUUGCAGAUGAGAUGGGAAUGGGGAAAACAAUCCAAGUCAUUGCACUGGUUCUUGCAAAAAAGCCAAUCCAUAGAAUUGACGCUAGACCAUCUAAAGCAUUACCUUCAUCCAGUUCACAGACAGCAGAAUUGCCAGAAACUAGAUGCACACUCAUUAUUUGUCCUCCAGUUUGUCUGUCGCAUUGGGAGAAGGAGAUUGGUCGUUGUACACCUCAAGGGAGCACCAAAGUGUUGGUCUAUCACGGGGAUGACAGAAACAAGGUGGUUCAUGACUUAUCGAGUUAUGAUUUUGUUCUGACAACUUAUCAGACUAUGUUUACAAAAUACAAGACCUCUUACAUGGCAAGGUGUGAAUUGUGUGGGAAGUGGAGGUUUCCCGAAGAUCUUGCUUCACACAACACAUUUUAUUGUAAAGGAAGGAGAUUUGGAACUGAUGAGAGAGAGUCUGAGGAGAAACUGAAAUCUUCCAAAAUGGAAGCAAGAUGUGCAAGUUCAGAAGAUAAUACAAGUGAUUCUGAUGGUAGUAGAGGGAAGAGUUCUUGCACUAAAAAAAAGAAGAAUCCUAAGCAGAAAAAGAAGGCAGACACUUCGUCUUUCAAGUCAAGUCCAUCAAUCACUACGGAAUUCUCUUUGCACUCAAUUAAGUGGCAACGGAUUAUUCUGGAUGAGGCUCACUCCAUAAGAAACAAAAAUUGUUAUACUACAAGAGCAAUUUUUUCUUUGAAGUCUUCAUACAAAUGGGCUUUAAGCGGCACUCCAGUUCAGAAUAAUUUCCAAGAUCUUUACUCACUGAUCCGCUUCCUGCAAAUUUUUCCUUAUGCAUACUACUUUUGUCGUUCUUGUGACUGGAAAUCAGUUAGUAUCAUGCCCGAACAUCGUUGUGCUCAUAAUUAUUGCUUUUCCUGGUGGAAAAAGUAUGUUGGUAAACCAAUGAGACAGGAAGGUGAUGCAAAAAGAAGAGCCAAGACUUUGGUAACCCAAAAGAUUCUGAAAAGUAUAAUGUUAAGGCGCACUAAAGAAAGUAGAAACGAACUUUGCCUUCCAACUAAAAUUGUUAGAGUGAGACGAUGUGCAUUAGAUAUUAGAGAAGAAGAGUAUUAUAGGACACUAUAUGAAAAAUAUCGAUCAUAUUUUAACAGAUAUGUUACGGCUGAGCACUCAUGGAUAAAUUGCACUUGCAUAAUUAGACUUUUGACACAGUUGCAGAAGGCACUCAAUCACCCAUAUCUUGUGAUUUAUUCUAAAUAUAUGAUUGGUUUGGCUACUAAUGAUCAAGUCUGUGGCAUUUGUCAUGAGGCCUUGGAAGAUAAAGUGGUUGCAUCUUGCAAGCAUGUCUUUUGUAAGACUUGCCUGCAGUCUCUUGCUCCAGCCUUUGGAGUAGCUUUAUGUCCUGCAUGCUCAGCACCAUUUUCUGUUAAAUCAGCAAUGAAGAAGAAUGAUUCCACAUUGAAGAACUAUGCUGGUUCUGGAACAACCUUUAAUGACUUUAAAUCCUCAAGUAUCUUAAACAGAAUUGCUCUCAAUGAGUUUCAGACAAGCACAAAAAUUGAAGCUUUGAGGGAAGAAAUCAGAUUCAUGGUAGAAACAGAUGGUUCUGCAAAAGCUCUUGUUUUUAGCCAGUUCGUUUCUUUCUUGGAUUUAAUUGAUUACUCCUUGCAGAAGUCUCAAAUAAAUUGUGUUAAGCUGGUGGGGGAUGUUGCUGCAAGAAAUGCAUUGGUAUCAAGGUUCUUUAAUGACUCAGAUUGCAGAAUCUUACUCACUACUUCAGAAGCUGGAGGUCUUUCCCUGAAUCUCUCUGUUGCAUCUUAUGUUUUCUUGAUGGAACCCUUCUUUAGCUCUGCUGUGGAGUUGCAGGCUUGUGAUGGAGUUUACCGAAUCGGUCAGCACAAGGCAGUAAGAAUUGUGAAGUUUGUAACUGAGAACACAAUAGAAGAGAGGAUUCUGGAGCUGCAAGCAAAGAAAAAUCAAAAUUCACAGAGUUCUGGUUUACCAAAUCUUGAGGAAGAACUAACAGUUAAGGACUUCAACAUCUUCUUCAUGUAAGCCAUAGGUAUAAUUGGCAAACUGACAUAUUUGGCUGGUGGUUAUUAUGAGAAACCAAAAAAGUGGCAAAGUGAAACAAAAUGAAGUGGAUUCUGCGUAUGGAUAAUGAGAGAGGAAGUUCAGUGGUGUUCAGCAUCUUAGCUAAUCCCGUCUUUUGUGGAGGUUGGUGGGAUAUUGGACCUUGUUCUAGGUGUUGUAGCAUAUUAUUUGUAAAUGUCAAUAGUAUCUGUUUCUUCUGGCAAUGAACCUCUUUAAGAGCACCCUUGUAUCAAGUAGCAAAAGUAAGCUUCUUUGUAAUCGUUUCUUGUAUACUUUGCAAAAGGAAAAAGAGAGAAUGCUUGAAAGAGGAGCAAUAUGAGCAUGUAUGGGCUUGAUUUGUUUGUCCAAAAGUUCCUAUUAUUGGGUGAUUGCUUAAAA